GGGAACAAAGGGGAAGUGCCUGACUCCUCCCUUCUGUCGUCAUCACCCCUUCCUCAUCUUCUUACGUGGGAAGGGGGGGCAGGCGGGCGUCAGCGACCUGAGGCGAGAAUGAACGCGAGUCGUGUGAGCGCGAAAGGCAGAGACAGGAGGGGAGGGUGAGGCAGAAGCUGCGGGAUUCAGACGGGGAGGAAUUAUGCAUGAAACAGGAUGCCGAGAAGCUUGGUUUGUGUGCCUGGGUCUUGCCUUUGGGAACUGAAUUGGGAAAACAAAACAAAAUGAAAAUGCUUCCUGGUGUAGGGGUAUUUGGGACUGGGAGUUCGGCUCGGGUGCUGGUACCUCUGUUGAGAGCAGAAGGCUUCUCCAUCGAGGCACUCUGGGGGAAGACUGAAGAGGAAGCAAAGCAACUAGCUGAGGAAAUGAAUAUUUCCUUCUACACAAGUCGGACAGAUGAUGUCUUGCUGCACCAGGAUGUGGAUCUGGUUUGCAUCAACAUCCCCCCACCACUAACACGACAAAUUGCUGUGAAAGCUCUAGGCAUUGGAAAGAAUGUCAUCUGUGAGAAAGCUGCUACCUCUGUGGAUGCUUUCAGAAUGGUCACAGCUGCCAGAUAUUACCCCAAGCUCAUGAGCAUUGUAGGCAAUGUCUUGCGUUUUCUACCAGCAUUCAUCAAGAUGAAGCAGUUAAUAGAAGACCAUUAUGUGGGCAACGUUCUGGUUUGUGAUGUGCGAGUGUACUGGGGAAGCCUUCUCAGCCACAAGUACAACUGGAUCUGUGAUGAACUGAUGGGUGGGGGUGGCCUGCACACAAUGGGGACUUACAUCAUAGACCUUCUCACUCACCUGACCAGCCAAAAGGCAGAGAAAGUCCAUGGAUUACUGAAAACCUUUGUGAAGCAGAACUCUGCCAUCAAUGGCAUCCGCCAUGUCACCAGUGAUGACUUUUGCUUUUUCCAGAUGCUGAUGUCAGGUGGUGUCUGUAGCACAGUGACUCUGAAUUUCAACAUGCCAGGGUCAUUUGUCCAUGAGGUCAUGAUCGUAGGGUCAGCUGGACGCCUGAUAGCACGGGGGACAGAUUUGUACGGCCAGAAGAACACUGCUUCCCAGGAAGAACUCUUGCUUGCAGACUCUUUGAAUGUCCAUGCAGGGCUUUCAGAAAAAGGAUUCAAAGACAUACCCCUUCUGUAUCUCAAAGGGAUGGUAUACCUGGUGCAAGCACUGCGUCAGUCCUUCCAAGACCAGGAAGAUCAGCGAACCUGGGAUCCCAAGCCAGUUGCAAUGGCAGCUUCUUUUGAAGAUGGCCUUUAUAUGCAAAGUGUAGUAGAUGCUAUUAAAAAAUCCAGCAGGUCUGGGGAUUGGGAAUCUGUGGAAGUAAUGACUGAGGAGCCAGAUGCCAAUCAAAACCUCUGUGAGGCACUGCAGAGAAACAACCUAUAAUAGAAAUAUUGCUAGAGAGAAGAAAAUUGGAGAUGUGCAGGAAACUUUAACAUGGAUAAUUUUGUUUCUUGUUCAGGGGGUGGGAGUAGUAGUAAUGGGGAUUAUAAUCGUGUAUAAAACCUCUAAGGAGAUACUUUUGGUUUUUAAACUCAUUUAAGAGAGUUUUUAAAUGUUGCAGGUUUGUGUGUCAUUGGCUAUUUUAAAAGCUAAACCUUCUGAACUAUGUAUUGUAAAGAAAAGUUGAAUUGCCCUUCAAUUGCCCUUUUAGAAGUAGCCGAAACAAAAGGGUGGGAUCUCUGCCAUUGGGAGUAAAUCUGUCUCACUUCUGCACACAGCUCAUGUGUUCUGCAAGUUGAAUGUGAUAACAUGUAGCACUAAAGAUGACAGCUGUUUUUAAAUAGGAAGACAAGUUAUAUUGCAGAAUUCUUCUUGAUGGCAGAAAAACUCAUUAGAGAACAUGAGGAAAAUAUAUAAAUUUGGUCCUCAAGGGGAGUUGAAGGAACAAUUUGUAGUCUUUCUAGUUCAAGGUUAAACUAAGUAGGGCACAUGUCUUCCUGUGUCCUCCCUGUUCACUCAUAAACCUGACCCUGCUUCACUGUAACAGUAAAACAAGUGCUCAGGAAAGGGACACUGAACUCUUCCAUACAUUAGCUCCCUCCAGUCUUUUGUCCCAGCCACUUUUGACUGUUCCUGGCUCUGAUACUGAAAUUGGGCUGGAAAUAGAAAAUGAAAUUUGAAGCAAUGGACUGAGGAAGAAAGUGCACAAGGGGGAGGAUUCAGCCAUCUCCCUUCCUGCAUUCCUUCUACUGUUAAAAAGUCACCCAGGAUACUUCCUGCUUUACAUAUGAACGGGGUAGACACAUGAAUGACAGCCCCAUCCAUCUAGUUUGGACCUACUUGUUGAGUGUUUCAAAUUUAGACUCUGCUUUUUGAGACUAGCUGCUCUCUCCCUGUUUCUAGAAGUAAGCUGAGUGCUCGAUUGCGUUCACCUGCUGUGUGCAUGUGUUAAUGCUUCUUUCCCAUAGCAGAUGUCUGAGGCUGUCUUACACAUCUUUUCCCACAUUCUCUUUUUCCUUUGCUCAAUGCUGCCAGGUGCCACCAAUGAUUGCUUGGUAUAGAAACCAAACCCAUAAGUCAGUGACUUGUUUAAUGAGGCAGGUGUUUAAUCUGUCAAGGGAUAUGAAGUUGGAUAGCAAAGAAAUAUUCUGUUGUCUUCAGAUGUAUGCUGAUAGGGGCAGAUAUUAGUUGGAGACACUAAGACAAGGAACAGUUAUGCUGAUUUAAUCAAACACUGGACAAUGUUCCUGAUCCCUUACCCUUCUGACUUGUAUCCUGUGAGAACUGUGGUGCUGCUUGUGGAGCAGAACUUAGUGUGUCCCUACCAGAUCUCAGAGCUGCUCUUCAUCAGGCUGAAACUGAGAAGGGGUAGCUAAUUUUUGUGUUAAUAAUACUGUUUACUUGAAUGUUUUUAUCAUUUUCCUACUAGGUUUUAAUCCUGUACAUUAAUUAAUAUAAAGCAUUAACAAGCAACCUUUCAUGUGUUCUUGUAAAUAGUAAUGUUGUUAUGGAAGAAAAACUUAGAUAAAAUCAAGAGCUAGAUCAGCUGUUUGUUCUCUUCCCUGUGGAAAGCACCCUAUUUCUCUAUUCUGAGCUUUUAAAGUUAUUUUUAACCCAAA